AUGUCCCGAUUCAUAUCGGCCGGUACCGACGCCGAUUCGCAGACUCCUGAUGACGCUUGGCUGAAGGCACAGGAACAAAUUGAGUCUCGGAGGAAACCAAAAGCGGCGGAGGACGGCAGACAAGAGGGAGGCAAGAGCCUUUACGAAAUCUUACAACAAAACAAAGCCGCCAAGCAAGAAGCGUUUGAAGAAUCCAUCAAGUUAAAAAAUCAAUUUCGGGCCCUUGAUGACGAUGAGGUCGAAUUCCUCGAUUCUGUGCUGGAAUCAAGCAGAGCAAAAGAGCACGCUGUCAAACAAGAGACGGUAGAGCAGCUCGAAGCCUUCCGCAAACAACGUGCUUUAGCGGACCAAGGUCUCCGUGACCAAACAGCCAGUGAUGAUGUGGGCAAACUUGGCACUCCGGUGGGUGCAAGCACGUGGACAAUGAAGAAGAAAAAGCGACGCCGGGACCAGGAGAGGGUGUUUGGGAGGGAUCCCAAGUCGAGAAAACUCUCUGCUUCUACCGAUGAAAAUCCUCCGCCGACAGAUCCAUCAAAGACAGCUUUUUCCCAGAAAGCCAGUCAACCAGAGAUCGAAAAUGGCGGAAGGAGUGAAGACUUCCCUUCGGAACCCAAGAAAGAUCCUCCCAAAGCAAGCACCAUUGGACUCGGUUUGGGUGACUAUGACUCUGAUAAAGACGACUGA